ACGCAUACGCUGUCAACCGCAAACAAUCGCACGAGCUGCCGCCCCACGACACCAACCUGGUCACUAUCAACUAUCUGGACUUUGUCACAAAGGUUUGGUUUUGUACAAGCUGCCGUGUUUGACAAUCUGAAAAAGUACGGCGUUGCUGUCAUUCGCAACCGCGGCAGUGACACUGAGGACAUCAUCUAUGACUUUAUCGACUCAACAGCUGACGUCAUUUCCACGCAUUUUGGCCGCAUCGAACAUCUCCGCACAGGCAACGUUGAGAACGCCAACAACGACCAGCUGGGAUACACCAACUCGGCAAUCCGCCUGCAUACCGACCUGUGCUAUGCAGAGUCGGCUCCCGGAUUCCAGUUUCUCCACUGCAUCCGCCCGGCAGACCAAGGCGGGGACAACUAUUUUGUGCAUGUAGAGUCAGCCGCCAACUAUCUCAAGACCGAGGUCAGCCUCCGUGCCUACGAGCUACUAACUACCGUGCCGGUAAAGUUUGAUCGCAAGCAGAAACAUUUAAGGCUCAGCUCGUGA